AUGGCACAAUUCAACGAGUUGAAGCAAAGCAUGGAAGAGCUAACGAACAAUUUUCAAGCACUUAUGGCCCGUUUGCAGGAUCCACCUCGUGAUAACGCAAAUGGAAGUCAUCAUGAAGAUGAAGUUGAUGAAACGGAAGAAGAAGCUGCUGCUCGACGUGCAAGAGAACAGCGAAGACAUAGAGAGCGAGCUGCUGCAAAUGCAAGAAGACCUCCACUUUCAGGACGUGGAAAUGGUGGUAGAGGUGCUGGUCGUGACCAUGAGAGAGGUCUUGGACUAGAGGAAAGUGGGAGUGAAGAGGAAGAAGACAAUGAGGUUGAUCAGCCCCAUCAUGAUGACCGUCGACGUCACCGCGGGAAUCGUGGGCGUAAUCAGCCCAACGAGGAGAGGUUUGGCAAGUUAAAAUUCACCAUGCCCAAGUAUGAUGGAGGGUCUGAUCCUGAAGCAUAUCUUACAUGGGAGUUGAAGGUGGAUAAAAUUUUUCGCUUGCACAACUAUUCUGAGCAGAAGAAGAUGGCCAUGGCUGCUCUUGAGUUCGAUGGCUAUGCUCUAAUCUGGUGGGAGCAAAUGCUAAAUGAUAGAGAAGAAGCUGGCCAAGGUGAUGUCCGUUCAUGGGCUGAAAUGAAGAGAGAAAUGAGGGCAAGAUUUGUCCCCAAACAUUAUCGUCGUGAUCUUUUUGACAAGCUACAGAAUCUGAAGCAAGGAAGCCUUAGUGUUGAUGAGUAUUAUAAAGAAAUGGAGAAGGCAAUGAUUAGAGCCAAUAUAUAUGAAGAUGAAGAGCAAUCAAUUGCACGUUUUAUGUCAGGGCUGCAUCAUAAUAUUCAGCGUAUUGUUGAAUUUCAGCAGUACCGCAAUCUUAUUGAGUUGGUCCAUCAAGCAAGCAAAGCUGAACGACAGUUACAGCAGGACAUGAAGUCCAAUAGAGGAGUAUCUUUCAGCUCGAGAAGUGCCCCAAGUGGAAGCAAAUUCACACCACGAGGUAGUGCAAGUAGAGGUUCAAUUUCCAACUCAAGUGGUGGUGCACGCUCAAGGAAUUUUGGUGCUUCUAGUGGUAAAGAGUUGGCUGCUCCAAAUGAGAGGAACAAAUCAGCAAACUCAUCAUCUACUUCAGUGGGUUCUUCCACCAAGAGUAGUGGGAUUCAAUGCUUCAAGUGUGGUGGUCGUGGUCAUGUUAUAAAGGAGUGUCCAAAUAAUCGGACCAUUAUUGUAAAUGACCAAGGAGAGUAUGAAUCUGCUAGUGAUGAAGAACAUGAAGAGAUUGAAGAGGAAGGUAAUCUGGAGCAGGACAUCUGUGAAUUUGAAACUGGAGCUGCUCUUGUUGUAACUCAAAUUUUGAGUGUGCAAAUGAGUGAAGCUGAAAAUGGACAGCGGCAUAAUCUUUUCCAAACCAGAGCCAAGGUUGAAGACAAGGUGUGUAAAGUAAUCAUUGAUGGUGGAAGCUGCCACAAUCUUGCUAGCAAGGAAAUGGUUGAAAAGCUUGGUUUAAAGCUGCUAAAACAUCCUCAUCCUUAUCAUGUGCAAUGGCUAAAUAAUUCAGGUUCAAUUAAGAUUGCACAUAGAGUAAAAAUUCCUUUCAAGAUUGGUGAAUAUAUUGACACCGUGGAGUGUGAUGUGGCACCCAUGACAGUGUGUCAUAUGCUGCUAGGAAGACCAUGGCAAUAUGAUCGUAUUGUUGCACGUGUGUUACAGGAAUAUGAAGAUGUUUUUCCAGAGGAGACACCUGCUGGACUUCCUCCCUUGCGUGGCAUUGAACAUCAAAUUGAUCUCAUCCCUGGAGCUGCACUUCCGAACCGUCCAGCAUACCGCACCAACCCUGAAGAAACAAAGGAAAUUCAAAGGCAAGUACAAGCACUUUUAGAUAAAGGUUAUGUGCGUGAAAGUUUAAGUCCUUGCGCUGUACCUGUGAUUUUGGUGCUAAAGAAAGAUAGUUCCUGGAGAAUGUGUGUGGACUGUUCAGGAAUUCAAGUUGAUGAAUCAAAGGUGAAAGCAAUCAAGGAUUGGCCGACUCCUGAAAAUGUAAGUCAGGUGAGAAGUUUCCAUGGACUUACUGGUUUUUACAGGAGAUUUGUGAGAGAUUUCAGCACUAUAGCUGCUCCAUUAAAUAAGUUGACAAAGAAAGGUGUUGCCUUCCAAUGGGGUGAACCACAAGAGAAAGCUUUCCAAGAAUUGAAGAAAAAAUUAUCCGAAGCCCCCUUGCUUGUGUUGCCGGAUUUCACUAAAACCUUUGAGGUUGAAUGUGAUGCAAGUGGGAUUGGGAUUGGAGGCGUUCUCAUGCAAAACGGACAGCCCGUUGCAUACUUCAGUGAGAAGUUGGGAGAAGCACAACUAAACUAUUCGGUAUAUGACAAGGAGUUGUAUGCUUUGGUAAGAGCACUUGAGACUUGGCAACAUUACUUAUGGCCAAAAGAAUUUAUUAUUCAUUCAGAUCAUGAGGCUUUGAAGUAUUUAAAGGGCCAAGCAAAACUGAACCGUAGAUAUGCUAAAUGGAUUGAAUUCAUAGAAACUUUUCCAUAUGGUGUGAAAUACAAGAAAGGUAAAGAAAACAUUGUUGCUGAUGCUUUGUCCCGUAAACAUGAUGUAUUUUUGUUUAGAGCUAACAAAUUGUGUGUUCCAAGUUGCUCUGUUAGACUCUUGUUGUUACAGGAAACACAUUCAGGUGGUCUGAUGGGUCACUUUGGAUGGAAAAAGACAUAUGAGAUGCUUACUGACCAUUUCUAUUGGCCGAAGAUGAGAAGAGAUGUUCAACGGCUUGUGCAAAGAUGCGUCACCUGUCACAAAGCUAAGUCAAAACUAAACCCCCAUAGAUUAUAUACUCCCUUGCCUGUUCCUAAUGCUCCUUGGGAAGAUAUUAGCAUGGAUUUUGUUUUAGGAUUACCUAGGACAAAGAGGGGGAGGGAUUCAAUAUUUGUUGUUGUUGAUCGAUUCUCUAAAAUGGCACAUUUUAUACCUUGUCAUAAAAGCGAUGAUGCUUCCCACAUAGCCUCUCUAUUUUUCAGGGAUAUUGUGAGAUUACAUGGCAUGCCCAAAACGAUUGUUUCCGACCGCGACACCAAGUUUUUGAGCUACUUCUGGAAGACAUUGUGGACCAAGCUAGGGACAAGGCUGCUGUUUUCCACCACAUGCCACCCUCAAACGGAUGGGCAAACUAAAGUAGUGAAUAGAACACUUUCUAUGCUGCUGCGAGCCUUGAUCAAGAAGAACUUGAAAGAAUGGGAAGAGUGCUUGCCACAUGUGGAAUUCGCGUACAACAGGGCAGUACACUCUACAACUAAUAUGUGUCCCUUUGAAGUUGUAUAUGGUUUCAAACCACUCGCUCCUGUCGAUUUGUUGCCUCUACCAUUGAAGGAAAGGAAUUUAGUGUGGGUACACCUUCGCAAAGACAGCUUUCCAGAGAAGCGCAAAUCCAAAUUUAUGCCACAAGGAGAUGGUCCAUUCAGAGUGCUGUCCAAGAUCAAUGAUAAUGCUUAUAAGAUUGAGCUCCCUGAAGAUUAUGGUGUUAGCAGAUCCUUCAAUGUUGCUGACUUAACACCAUUCUUCGGACUAGAAGGAUCAGAGUCGAGGACGACUCCUAUUCAAGAGGGGGAGGAUGAUGAGGACAUCCCAACCAUGCAGACCUCGGGGAUUGAGCCUUCUUGA